AUGACCGUCUUUGAACUUCCGGACUUCCCUCCUACGGCUGUCCGGAAAUCUCUUUCUCCGUCACAGCUCGCGACGCUGAACCAAACGAUAACCGCACGUCUACAGGAAACGUUGGCACUUCCGCCAGAAAAGCGCGACACCCAAGCGUCCCGUCGAUUUGUAGCAUCAUUUGCUCAGGAUACAGCGCUGCAGACCCUUCAGUCGCUGAUAUGGGGGAACCCGAGCAAGCUUUCUGCGGUAGAACAGUCGAUACGGUAUCGAGCGCUCUCGCUGGCGGAGAAAUUAGCUUCCGGGAUCGAACUGCAGACACUGUUGGAUCUUGCCAUCAUUUACUCAAAGUCUCGAACUCGAUUGCAGAAGAUCUUUGAGCAUUCUACUCCUCCACUACUCCCAAUCAUCCGGGAUGAGCUUAUCCCAGCAUUUGCGGCCAUUCUGGGUGAUUCGUCGACAGGCUUGUAUGGGAUCCGCAAAUCGGCCUACUGCAUACUGUCGUUUUUGCGUGUCGCUCCAGAGGAGGCCGUUCGUUCGUUUUACCACUCUAAACAGUUUGUUCUUGCCCUCGCCAGGUGCUAUGACCAAGGUCUCGCAACGAUGGCCCAGUCCUACGGUGGCCUGCGGAUGACGGAGAGCAGAGAUUUGGACGACUGGGAGCGGAUAUUCAUUGAGACCAAGGUGGAUAUUAUAGAUUCAUUCCAUAUCGUUCUUUCCUCGAUGCUUCGCGACCUCUCAAGUGCGUCAGGAAGAUCGCUGGCAGUGGAAUCCGAACGGACUUUUGAUAUCAUCUUUGCGUUACUGGAUAUUCGUCCUUCGUCUGCAGAUCCAAACACCCCGUUCCUCAACCGUCCGCUCUUGGCCGAUUAUCAGCAGUCGUAUACUCUUUCAAGAACUCUGGCGUCGGCUUUGCGGCAUGCGUCAGAGAAAGACGCGAGGUUGGACGUUCUUGAGAGCUCUUUGAGCUCUCUUGAAGGGGAGGGGGAGAAGGGACCUGGGGCGCUUAAACUGAUAAUCCGCUCGUCAGGUAUUCCACCCGGUGUGGAUAAUCGGGGGAAGAGCAGCGGUAAAGGAAAAGAAAAGGCUGUGCCUCCUCCCGAGGUAACGCUUCCCGAUCCAGAUAUUGAUCUCAAAGUAUCUCAAGUACUGGAUAUUUUCCCGGACUAUCCCCCCGAUUACAUCAGAAGUGCCCUCAUGCAUCCAUCAUACCCUUAUCGUGGGAAUCCUGAAAAGCUUAUUGAAGCCUUAUUGGAAGGCACGGCUCCGCCUGAAGACGAUGUUCGUCCUUCGCAGACAAGCCAGCCACGCAGGUCGUCCAAUGAGUUGGUAUAUACGAAGGGUCGACAAAACGUGUUUGACAACGAAAAAAUGGAUUUGUCCCUCCUGCAGCUUGGAAAGAAGAGAGAGGAUGAAACUGCCAUUCUGAGGGACCGAACAUUUAUGGAACAGAUGAAGGCCGACAUUCUUCGUCGUGCUGAAGAGAUAUCCGAUGAGGAGGAAGACGAGGCGGGAACUACUGGCGUAUUCGACGAAGAAGACCUCGAAUCUACAGUGAAGGUAGGCGGUGAUGGAGAGGAGAGUGAUGAAGACGAUGCGGAGGGCGUUGAUGUAAUAGAGGCAGCUCCCGCGAAACAGCUACCCGAAACCAUACUUGAAUUGGUGUAUAUUCAAGAUCCAAAACAGUUCGAUAGAGAUGCGAAUACUAGACGUAGUAGAGGUCGCGCUGAUCUGAAGGUGCAGACCGGCUGGAGUGAUGAGCAGAUAGAAGGCUGGCGCAUAAUGCUGGAACGCAAUCCUAAGAAGGACAAAAUUCUACAAAAACACGAGUUUUCCGGAAAUCAGCCGAUGGCAGGUCCUUUGCAAAGCAAUCGUGGAGGUGGACCUUCUCGUGGGGCCGGUCGAGGCCGCGGAGGUGGGGGCGGGGGUGAUGAGCAACAGUCCAGAGAUCGUGCCUGGAAAGACAAGAAUAAGGCCAGUCGAGGAAACCAUAACCGAAAGCGUGGACACGAUAAGAAAAUGGCGCGCGGAGGAGGUCCGUCGUAG